AUGAGAGCCUCGAUUCCACGGCUUCUACGCCAGAGACGUCCCGAAAGAGCCGCAGAGCCGCUUCUACCGCCAUUGAAACUCUACAGAGCCAUCCUCCGUGCUCAUGUUCACAAGCUUCCAAAGGAGCUUCGUUAUCUUGGUGACGAGUAUGUCAAAGCUGAGUUCAAGGCGCACAAAUCAACAGAUAAUCCUCUUUACAUUGUUGGAUUUUUAACGCAGUGGCAGGACUACUUGCGAAGCAUCGAUGGUGGUAGCUGGCAUGAGGGUAAGUUGACACAAGGUGAGUUGGAGAAGAUGUCCCCUGAACAAGUGGGUCAAUUGUACGAACUUAUGCAAGAGACUCAAAGACUUGGUCAAGAAAGUCAAGAGUAG